UGUCAACGACAGCUUCGGCUCAUUCAUUAAAAUCUCCUCAAUGGAAUCCGAUCCACUUUUUCCUCCAGAUUUCCCGACCCACCUUCGCCGUUUUACUCGCCACAUAACGGCUGUUCAAACACGAGGCAUCAACAAUUCCUCGACAGACUUAUUGUUUACCAGCCUUGCUUCUGAUCAGCCACCACCGCCAGCGAGUUACGUCCCAGCGCACGAUUCUUAUGAUCUUCAACUUCAUCCCGUCAGAUCUUUUCGCCCCAACUUGCUUAUCGAUAACGUUGAAAGACUCUUUAUAUCAGUGGUCCCACGCUGGAGCUCAGGCAUCAACGAAGUCAAGCGUUUGACAACAUGGCGCAACCCCAAUCGUACCGCUGUUUGGGCAACGGUGUAUUCUCUGUGUUGGUGGCAUGAAAUGGUACUUCCAGCCGCACUGGCCUUUAUAAUCUGCUUAUCCGUUUGGCCCAAGUAUGCAGGCAACAUACUGUUCCCUCCGGAAACAACGGAUCCCCUGUUCACAGGCACGGACGGUGCGAGGAAUCCAGAAAACCUCGAACAUGCGGAUCCAUCGAGCGACGAGGUGGCUGAGGUCGCGGCGGCAGCAACAGCAAAGUUCAUUCACGAUGCGGACGCCAAGAGUCCCCUUGAUACACCAUCGGCUGAAGAAUUCAAUAAAACGCCAGGGAAUGGGCCAGUGGAUAUGUUGGACAAGCCGAGUAGUUCAUCAUCAAAACCCAAGGAGCCAAAGAUUGGAAAAAAGAAUCUUUCACAACAAUAUAAGCCUGUCAUCUACAAGUACGGCGGUGGCAUUCAAAACAUUGCGGGGGAUUUGUGCGAUAUUCACGAGCGGCUCAGUAAUUUGUUUAAUCGACGAUUUGUUCCACCCCCGUCACGACUACGACACAUAUCUGCAGCUCACAAUCAGAGCUUCGAAGAUCCGGAUCCCGGAAUGGACGCCAACGUCCGAUUUGCGUUGCCUUUUAUUCCGAUUUUGUUCUUUUCAUUGUUUCUUUCCACUCAUACUCUCGGCAGAUGCGUGACCUUUGCGAUAGGAUUUGCAUUCUUUCUAUUGGACCCAAUCCAAACCCGGUCCAAGUUAGUUAGGGAUGCCUUGGAUGCAAAUCAAACAAUCUUAAGAGGAGUUCCAACCGACCGCGCGUUUGUCCUGGCGACCCUGCGCAACAUGCAGCAAAGACAUGAUGAAGGCUUAGACAUCGCCAUGAAAUUACUCAAGAAGCCAAAAUCUCCAGAAUUACCACCACGCAAAAGGGCCUCAGAUGAAGAGAUCGAUUCCGACGGAGUAUCAACCUUGAGUUCCAACCAUGCAUCAGGAAGCAAUCCCAGAUCAUUAUUCUCAACUUCAAAAUCCGGAUCAUCUCAAUUCAGUCGUAGUAGCUCCUCUUCCUCUGCUCCGGCAGAACGCCACCAGACGCUGAUGAAGUUCGCCAAGAAAAUUACUAAUGUCGCCGAGCGAGGUACUCAGUUGCUAAACGAAGCGACAGCUCAAAGUAGUCAAAUCAUCAAUGGAGAUCGUCAAAGCGGUCUAGACUUUUCACUUCUGCUCCCAAACAAAUCCCGAAAGGUUUCAUCCAGUAGUGACGCUGGUUCAGUCAAAUCAUCUUCUCGAAACCAGUCCAAGACGAAUAAAUUACUCCGCGCCAUCAACGAUACCUGCUCAACUCAUCUCCACAGUGCACCCGGUAGUUCGAUCGAUGAGGGUGACUCUUUAUCAAGUUCCAAUUCCCCCUUCGACCCCGAAAGAAAUUCCUCAAGUUUUUUUUGUUAUUAUGGAAACAUGCCUGGCCACCUUACGAUACAUUUCUCUCGCACUCCUGUCUCCCGACCCAACCUAUCUUUUUACUCCGGCUUAGGUCAAAGUUUCAAAGUUCGGAAAUCGCUCUUCGUCAUCCCGCUGAGUCAAAUCGUCGCAAUGCGCAAAGUAAGCAUGUUGAGCUUAGCAGGCGUCUGGGGAGGCAUUGAUGGAAUCGAGCUCUACGAGAAACGGUUCCGGGACCACAGUGAAGAAUCUGAUGAAUCCAGCGACUCCAAUCCAAGCAACAUCAAGCUGAAGCACCAUACAUUCAGAAACAUGACGGGAAGAGACGAGGCAUUUUUGAAACUUCUUGUAUUGAAAGAUUGGGAUGAAAACGAGGAGCCUGGAUGGAUUUCGGUUUGA